UUGUGAAAACCAGAUUAACAACAGUUGAGAGAAUGAUUGACUGGCUGUCCUGGCCAUUGGCUCAGCAUGUAGACACAUGGGUGAUUGCACUCUUAAAAGGACUGGCAGCUGUCCAGAAGUUUACUAUUUUGAUAGAUGUUACUCUACUGAAAAUAGAAUUGGUUUUUAAUCGCCUUUGGUUUCCUCUCGUGCGGCCUGGCGCUCUUGCAGUCCUGUCUCACAUGCUGCUUAGUUUCCAGCACUCUCCAGAGGCGUUCCAUUUGAUUGUUCCUCAUGUAGUUAAUUUGGUUCACUCCUUCAAAAGUGAUGGUCUGCCUUCCAGUACAGCCUUCCUAGUGCAGUUAACAGAACUGAUUCACUGUAUGAUGUAUCAUUACUCUGGAUUUCCAGAUCUCUACGAACCCAUCCUGGAGGCAAUCAAGGAUUUUCCUAAGCCCAGUGAAGAGAAGAUUAAAUUGAUUCUCAAUCAAAGUGCCUGGACUUCUCAAUCCAAUUCUUUGGCAUCUUGCUUGUCUAGACUUUCUGGAAAAUCUGAAACUGGGAAAACUGGUCUUAUUAAUCUAGGCAAUACAUGUUAUAUGAACAGUGUUAUACAAGCAUUGUUUAUGGCCACAGACCAAGCAAAUAGGAAAUCAGUGGCUGUUAGCUAUGUGAAUGCAAUCUGUAAAGCCUAUGUAAUUUUAAUAAUCUUUAUUAAACAUUAUAUAUUAAGAUUUAGUUAUUUAGUUCAUGGUGUGAGAAUCACUUCCUUGUGUUUUCUCGAUCAACAGAGAGAAGCAUAUGCACCUCGGAUAUUCUUUGAGGCUUCCAGACCUCCAUGGUUUACCCCCAGAUCACAACAAGACUGUUCUGAAUACCUCAGGUUUCUACUAGACAGGCUCCAUGAAGAAGAAAAGAUCUUGAAAGUUCAGUCCUCACACAAGGCUUCUGCAAGUCCGGGAUGCAGUGAAACUUCUUUACAAGAGGUAGUCAAUAAAGCAGCCGCCCUCACAGAGACCUAUUGCACAGGUGAUGGUGAGAAGACACUAAUAGAAAAAAUGUUUGGAGGAAAACUACAAACUCACAUUUGUUGUCUGAACUGCAGGAGUACCUCACAGAAAGUGGAAGCCUUUACUGAUCUUUCACUGGCCUUUUGUCCUUCCUCUUCUGUGGAGAACUUGUCUUUUCAAGAUCCAGCAUCAUCACCCAGUACACAAGAUGAUGGCCUAACACAGGCCAGUGGGCCUGGUCCUUCAGAAGAACCAGGAGCCUGUAACCUGUCAGCAGUGGCCAUUGCCUGUGACUCAGCCGUGAGCGAAGGAAUGGUUGACAGUCCUGAUGAGUUCUGUCCUGAGGACACUCCUGUCCCUAGUAACUCGAGCAAGAUGCUUGUUAAUAAAGAUGUACCUCAGAAACCCGGAGGUGAAACCACACCUUCAGUGACUGACUUACUAAGUUAUUUUUUGGCUCCAGAGAUUCUUACUGGUGACAACCAAUAUUAUUGUGAAAACUGUGCCUCUCUGCAGAAUGCCGAGAAAACUAUGCAAAUCACAGAGGAACCUGAGUACCUUAUCCUUACUCUCUUAAGAUUUUCAUAUGAUCAGAAGUAUCAUGUGAGAAGAAAAAUACUAGACAAUGUGUCACUGCCACUGGUUUUGGAGUUGCCAGUUAAAAGAACUCCUUUCUCUUCGUUGUCAGAAAGUUGGUCUCUAGAUGUUGACUUCACUGACAUUAGUGAGAGUCUAGCUAAAAAGUUAAAGCCUUCUGGGACUGAAGAAGCUUGCUCCCCAAAACUGGUGCCCUAUCUCUUGAGUUCUGUGGUCGUUCACUCUGGUGUGUCCUCAGAAAGUGGGCAUUACUAUUCUUAUGCCAGAAACGUCACAGGAACAGCGUCUUCCUGCCAGAUGUGCCCCCAGCCUGAAACCCUGGCGUUUUCCUCCUCCCGGAACCACUUACUCGGGAGAGAUAGUCCCACCACAGUGAUUGAACAGGACUUGGAAAAUAAGGACAUGUCAAAAGAAUGGUUUUUAUUUAAUGACAGCCGAGUGACGUUUACUUCAUUUCAGUCAGUCCAGAAAAUUACGAGUAGGUUUCCCAAGGAUACAGCUUAUGUACUUUUGUAUAAGAGACAGAACAGUACUAAUGGUUUAACUGGUAAUAAUUCAACCACUGGACUCUGGGUAAAUGGAGACCCACCUCUACAGAAAGAACUAAUGGAUGCUAUAACAAAAGACAAUAAACUAUAUUUACAGGAACAAGAGUUGAAUGCUCGAGCCCGGGCCCUACAAGCUGCAUCUGCAUCCUGUUCAUUUCGGCCCAAUGGGUUUGAUGACAACGAUCCACCCGGAAGCUGUGGACCAACUGGUGGUGGGGGUGGAGGAGGAUUUAAUACGGUUGGAAGACUCGUAUUUUGAUGCUGAGAGUCCAAAAUGCACUGGUCACAAAACAUCCAAUACCAUGACUGUUAAAAUGUCAGACUGUAACAAAUAUCAUAUCUAUCUUUUAUUUUUCUUUUCAUUAGACCCUUAUACUUUAAGAAAACACACUCAGUGCUUGUUUUAUUUUCUUGACAAUACAUCUAUUAACAAAAUGCAUCAUGGGAAAAAAAAUCUACCUCUUAAAACUCCAUUUGCUUUUAUGGUUAGACAUGCUUGACCAAAAAUUUUCAGAGGAAAAUAUGUACCUGGUCCCUAAUGAAGCUGCAUUAAAUUUAGUAGAGGCAUUUAAAUGGUCCUAUGCUCAGUUUUACUGAACAGAAAAUAGAUUUCACUUAGCAUCCUUUAUAAAAAAAAUUGUGUGUUGGAGGUGAAGGAAAUAUUAUUUAAAAAGAAAGAAAAUAUUUUAUUCCCUUUGUAGUUACCCCAUUAUUAAAUUCAAGUCUUUGAGAAUACUAGCGAUGAUACAGUCUCUUAUGAAGGCAAUAACAUAAACUUUAUCGAGCUGUAGUACUUUUCAGGUUUGUUCAGUGCUGUCUUCAGCAUCACUGUCUCUGCAUUUCAAGUAAAAAUGUUUUAAAAAGAUUAUUUAUACAUAUGUGCUGAAUUUGAUCUUAAGAAAGGUGCAUGAUCCUGUAGAAAUCACAUUUUUACCUAAAAAUUGCUAACUUUGUAGUAUUUCUAAUUGAGGAUUUUAAAAAUUCUAUUUCAGGGAGUAUAUCUUCUGUGUGUUUUGAAGGAGAUGAGUUCUGUAUGUGCCUUGCAGUACUGUAAUUCAAAAAUAAGAAUCUUUGGCUGCGGAAAAGGUUUUCUAAAAUGAAAUGUUAGGAAGUAAUUUUUUGUGCUAACAUUAAAAUUAUAACUUUUGAAAGGUAUUAGAUUUUCCUGAAGUAAAAUCUGAUGGUUCUAAAUCAAAAAGUGUGAUAGUUUGUUUUUAACUCUUAUAAGAAUUCAGAGGAAAUGAACUUGGUCAAGUAAAAAAAUUUUUUUUGAUUUUUUUACUUAAUCCUCAGAAUAUUAAACAUUGAUCAUGUAUUUUCAGAGUUGUA